AUGCUGAGCUCUGGAACACUUCGUGCCGACCCGGUCUCGCUGGGCCCCGGCAAUGACGAUGACGACGGCGAAGAUCCCCAUGAUCUGUCUUUUUCCUCCAAACAUGUCCUUCGGGCGUCCAUGGUGGACAAUCUGGUCAUGUCGCUCGACCAAUUCUCCGGCGGUGUUGGCGAUGUGGUCUAUACCCCUCGCAAAAACAGCUACGAUAUGGACGCAAGAGCUCGGUCAAGAGGACAUACAUUUUCUUCCUCGGUGUCUUCCGAGCCAGAAUUGGGGGAACUGAGGUCUAUGCCAACAUUCCCAGAGACAGUCCCUCGCGUGCCUCUCCGAAACAACAUGAGAUAUCAUAGGAACAUGCAGAGACUACCCAGUAUAUUCGGAGAGGAUGAAGAGUCUGUCCGUUCGAAAAGGUCCGACGCUCAGCGAGCGGCACAUCCUGGGCAGGCGCGGAGAAAGAAGAACGCUUCCACUGGUGGCCGAAGCAAUGCGAGCAGCACAUCUUCCAGUAUCGACCUAGGUCAUCUGGCAAGUCUAUCUGGUCGAUUGGGUGCAGCAGGCGACAGGCGAUCCCGAAGUUUCGACCUGGGUCCAAGGACUCGUAAUCCACGUCCUUCCAAGACACAGACGACAAAUUCAGACAGCAUUGCUCCUACACCAGUGAUCUUUGCUGGGCCGGAAUCCCAGAAAGGUAUGCCCGGGAACUCUGCUGUUCCUGCACUUGCUCGGAAAAACAGUGCCAAAUCCUCAAAGAGCGCGUACGUAAAGAGGACGUGGACAGGGACACAGACUGCCAAUGGUCCGAGGUCGAACAUUGACCCUGUACCACAUUUACCCUCCAUGAAGAGUGCACCAGUCCUUACUCACGUCACUCUAGAGCAGAAAAGCUAUCUGGAAAAUCUACCUGAACCGAUUGUAAUUGCAAGGCCGGGCUUCUUCCGACGAGUCUUUGGUUCGUCGAAGAACCCCGUUGUUCCCGCGGAGUAUAAUUCCAACAACUCCAACACACUCACAAAGUCAUACGACGGUCGUUCGACGCCUGUUCAGGACGAGGCACCGCUUCCAUCUACCCCUUCAAACAGGAUGCCACGGCCCAUUCGACGGCUGUCCACAGAUACAUCGGCAAACAAAGAGAAUCAACCAGUGAUUAGUAAAAAGUCGUCUUCGUUCUUCCGCCGAAGGAAGAAGUCUAUCUCAAGCAUUGUACCGCCACCAAUGCCACUGACACUCAGCACCGAGCUCAAACCAGACACUGAACAAGCCGAUGGCACGAGUCCAGUUAGUAGCCUGAGAGCUUUUAUGGACCCCUAUCUGGCGGAAGACCAAUUGCCGUCCCAUGGUCAUCGGCGGACAAAUUCCAUGCAAGGCUUUUACACCCCAACUGGUCCACCUCCUGCUUUUGGCCUUCCACCAGAACAGGUCAGUCUUCCAAAAGCUGGGAGUCACAGUCGAAAUCAGUCUCACAGCAGCAAUAAGACGCUCAAGUCUCACACCAAACCUCCAACCCUACGCGUCCCUCAUCAGCAGUCUUUCUUGGCCGACAGCAGCAGUGCAGAGGAGCCUUUCAGGCGAUCUGUGUUCGGUGGAAGUCAGCUCUCCGAUAGUGAGCGGUCAGAAUUGUGGAAUGGACGCAACGUGAGUGACGUUGGACUCGAUCCUACGACAUCAGCGAACCUACUGGCCAGCCCCACACCUAACCCGAGGCAAGCAACGAUCCGACAAGGCUCCUGGAUCUCUGACACAGUCUCGCCCUCAUCUGGCAUGGACGAAGACUCACGCACAGGUUCCAUCGCACAUGAUGAGGAGCCAAUCCCCUCCAACAAGAGACCGAAGGGCCUGGAAAUGUCUCGAAGGAACUCCGAAUCCUCGCAGUUGGCAUCGGCGUCCGAUGUGAGCGACUACCGCUCGGCGCCUACGACACCCAUGAUUGUGGAAACUCCUCACGAGGACAGCUCUGCGCCGUCAACAUCCUAUGUGUUACCAACGGGGCCUCGACCGCUUGACCAGAACGCUGCAAAACUCAGGGCUCAACAGAUCUUUGACAACACAGACGACCAGGUAGAUUCCUCAAAUGCAGGAGCCUGGUUGGGAGAAGCAGGCACCGAACGGGAACGGGUGAGAAAAGCAUAUAUGGAGCUCUUCGAUUGGUCGAAUCAAGACAUCAUCGAGUCUCUCAGGGGUCUUUGCGAUCGCAUCGCCUUCACAGGUGAAACUCAACAGAUGGAUCGAGUCAUGGAUGCUUUUGCACAGCGCUGGUGCGAAUGUAAUCCCUCUCAUGUCUACAGAUCAAGUGAUGUUGUCCACACCAUUUGCUAUUCAAUCAUUCUUCUGAACACCGAUUUACAUCUAGCAGACAUCGGGCAAAAGAUGACCAAGACUCAGUUUGUCCGCAAUACACUUCCCACCAUCAAACGAGUUGUGCAUGGGGCGGAAGCGAACAAGACCAUACGGCCAACCAAAAGCCGUACAAAUACAAGCUCUACCAAUGAUCCGAACCUGACUGUUCAAGCACGAGAUGGUACAGGCCAGGACCAUUCAUACGAAUCUGACUAUGUCCUCGUGGAAGAUGAAGCCUUGGUAGACAUCAGAAUAGGCAGAUCAUGGGAGAUGCAGAUCGAGUCUGUGUUGAGAUCAGUCUACGCUUCAAUCUCGCAAGCGCCACUGCCACUAUUUGGCGCUCCAGGCGAUUCGAACAUGCAUUCGAGCCAACCAAGCAACUUCCUCACUAUUGGGUCCAACGCGCUACGUCGUACACCCAGCGUACUCAGCAAAGCCCACUCCGAUUCAUAUCGUGGACGGUUUGGAGAAAGCAGAUCUCUUGGUGCCCGAUGGAUGACCAAAGCCAGAUCUCGACCUCGCUUACCCUCCGCGGCAGGCUUUGGUUCUAGCAGAACCAGCAUAGACGAGCAGUCCUGGAACGGAAGCCCAUCCAUAUCGAGCACGUGGAGUAAAGUCAGUCUUGGUAAGACCUUCACAACUAUGUCGGUUGAUUCACUUGGCACUGAGGCGACUCAUGCCGACUAUCAGUCCUCCAUUGGAUUCGCAAAUGCACUGAGUCAAGCAAUCAUCCGUGAGGACCAGCUCGAGCUGGAUGUGCCCGUUGAUGAGGGCUUGAAGGCUUCUUCCCUACUUGAGGACGAGUCUCUGGAGCUGUGUGGUGCCCCAUGGGCCAAAGAGGGCAUCGUCAAGCACAAAUGUCACCUGGAGGGUGUCGAAAAACGGUCCAAGGAUAGGAAUUGGUCUGACUGUUUUGCGGUGAUUGAGAAGGGCUGGAUGAGACUUUUCUCGUUCUCAAAUUCGGGCAAAUCUCUUCGAAACAAAAGCCGCCUACCCAAGGCAGGUGGAGUCGUGGGAGGUGGGAACUGGCAAGAUAACGCGGAAGAAGUGUGGAAGUUUAUGCUCCGACAUACCAUCGCCAGCUCUCUCCCACCUCCAGGAUACUCCAAGGCACGGCCCUAUGUCUGGGCUCUGAGUCUGCCGACCGGCGCUGUACAUCUUUUCUCCGUUGGGACGCCUGACAUCGUCAAAGAGUUCGUCACUACCGCCAACUAUUGGAGUGCUAGGCUUUCCAAGGAGCCCAUGAUGGGCGGUAUCAGCAACAUGGAAUACGGAUGGAGCGAUGGAGUGCUCAAUUACGCACUAAUGGCGUCAGAGGCCCCCUCAAACGGUCGCCCAAGCACGCAGAUGUCGAUGCGGAGCUCCUUGGACCACGUUAGUAGCGUGCGAGCGAAGUUGCCUGGGGACAGGGCCCAUAUCAACGACUGGGCGCCGCCUCAGCAAUCCAUGUUUGCUUCGCAGUUGCUUGAGGUCGACCAGCUGAAGGCAUUGCAGACAUACGUGAACAAUGUUGAGGAUGAGUUGCAGAAACACAACGAACUCCGAAGUCUGAUGUUAUUAGCAUUCUCUACUAAGCAUCCCAACUCGACGAAGGCUAUGAACAAUUGGGAGAAGAAGAGCAGCUACCUUCUGCGAGAGAUUGUCAAAUUCCGGACAUAUAUUGAUUGUCUGCAGAAUGCUCAGGGCACGAAGGAACGAAUCUACAAGAUGAGGAGGGAGGAAGAUGACUCACGGCACGCUGAAAAGGACUCGAGGGUUCUGACUACCUCGCACGAGAUGGCAUGA